CAUAUAUUUGAUAUAGUUUGAGUGAAAUUGUCUUGUAGAGUAAAGUUUGAUGACUCUCAAAUUUCUUUUAUUGUUCUCAAUUCAUUGUCCAUUUUUUAUGCAUUUAUUUAUAUUUUUAAAUCUCGAAAAAGAAUUUGAAAUGGACAGUGAAGUAGCAGUAACAUGCCUCUAUGAUUCUGAUAGUUUUUUCUCUAUAGAACAGAGAAUAUAUUUUGUUCUACGGCAUAUUUAUCUGCGGCAGUUGCUGAUUUUGUGAAUUAUCUUUUGAUUUAACUUUAUUGCUGAUUUUGUGAAUUAUCUUUUGGUAAGAGAUAGUAAAAUCGUAAAACAUAAGAUACCUACUAUGAUCGGGAGAUUUUCCCAACUAUUUUUGUAAGAUCAAAAGGGCUGGCAAGAUUGUAUAACUUUAAGUCGUAAGAUACUACGAAAAAUGAACGCAUAAUUGUUAUGCCUUUGCUUCUUGUCAUCCUUCUCAGUUUGCGGAGGUUGCCGGAAAACGGCCGAACUUUUACGAUUUUUUUACAAUUUGGCUGCAACAUACGAUUCUACUUAAGAUCUGGAUCGUUGUAGGUGAGCGAGAUCACAAAAUCUUAUGAUUUUAAGAUCUAGAUUGAGGUUUUGACGAUCUUGGACCUGACAACUUAUUGUAGAGGUUUAUCUGAGACCCUACAGGUUUCAACACCCCAACACUUCAAUGCAGAAAAGCGCAGGAGUGCAGAAAAGUGUAGGAGGUAUUACACGCCACCUGCUUGGAGGUUUAUGCUAUUAUCUAAGAAGAUGUAUUUUUUCCGUUUUAUCGGUCGGUCCUGUGCCGAGUCAUAUUUCUUUCAUAAUGGAUGGGAAUCGAAGGUAUGCAAAGAGGAGAAACUUGGGAGAAGGUGAUGGACAUAAGGCUGGAUUUUCAGCUCUCUUGUCCAUCCUUAGAUACUGUUAUGAAUUGGGUAUUAAGUAUGUAAGUGUUUAUGCAUUCAGCAUUGAUAAUUUCAAAAGGAAGCCUGAAGAGGUUCAAACAUUCAUGGAAUUGAUGCGAGAAAAGAUCGAGGAGUUGCUUCAACAGGAAAGCAUUAUUAACGAAUACGGUGUUAGAUUACAUUUCAUUGGAAACAUGCAGCUAUUAACAGAACCUGUCAGGGUUGCUGCGGAAAAGGCGAUGCGAGUUACCGCCCACAAUCAAGAGAGAGUUCUUUUAAUUUGUGUUGCAUAUACAUCGCGGGACGAGAUCGUGCAUGCUGUUCAAGAAUCCUGCAAGGAUAAAUGGAACGAAUUUCAAGCAUCUAUGGAAGAUAAAGUUUCCAACGGUGGGUUUACAAGAAUUAAUCAGGGCCCAAAAAGUAACGGUAUUGAUUUGCAUGUUCGUGAUUCAUAUAAAGAAAAAGAAACAAAAGCUUGUAGAAGUCUACUUGAAGAAGUGGAAGGUGCGGAAGAGAAAGAUUACUCAUUCGAGCAAAAUUUAGAAAAACAUAGUGAUAAUUACAGUGAAGAUGAAAUCACAUCUUGCAGUGGGAUGGAUGAAAUAACUGAAGAGAGAAAGUACAAGCAAGGUGAGUUUGCUUCUAUAAAACUUGUUGAUAUUGAGAAGCACAUGUACAUGUCAGUGGCACCUGACCCAGAUAUCUUGAUUCGAACUUCUGGAGAGGCGCGUCUCAGUAAUUUUCUUCUUUGGCAGACUAGUGCGUGCCCUUUGUAUGCACCAAAAGUCCUAUGGCCUGAAAUCGGUCUGAGACACUUGGUAUGGGCAGUAUUAAACUUUCAGAGACACCAUUUUUACUUGGAAAAGAAAAAGAAACAGUUUUGAUUGUAACCUUACUUGGCCAUAAUACAGAGUAUAAUUUAUGUGAUUAUAGAGUGCUUUUCUAUCUUAGGCUAUAUGAUGUUUUAUUUUACUUUCAUAAGAAUUGUUGAAAUUAUAGGAGUUAAAGUGAAUUAGAAGGUGAAAGAAAUCGAAAGAUUUUGAUAGGAUUGGGACAGUCCCAAACUAUACUUUUGAAUUGCAGAUUUGGUUAGGCCAACCACCAACCUAUGAGGGGCAGUUGGUCUCAAUUCGCAUACUUUUUUGUUGUUGAAAAUAUUGGCUCUGGUGGAGAGAAUAUUUUUCACCCAAGUUCUCCACCAGAUUAAUUUGUUUGACGGCCCUGAUUGAUACUGCCAGUUACAGCAAACCACCUGAUAUUUAAGAUAACAUCACACAGUUACAGCAAAAUAUAGGGGUGGCAAAUGGGCAUGCCCGUCCCGUUUAGGCCCGUCCCACAAAAGCCCGUGAAAAAAUGGGACGGGGCGGGGCGGGUUUUUUUAAGAGUGCGGGUCUAAAAUCUUGUCCCGCCCCGCAAAAAGUGAGGGCGGGGCGGGGAAAGCCCACAGGUAUUCGGCUUUUUAGGCUUAAAAAUAGUAAAAUUCUAUAAAAAAAACAGAUUCCCGCAAAAGCCCACAAAAGAACGGGGCGGGGCGGACACAUUAAAGAGAGCGGACCUAAAAUC